AUGUACGGAGGGGGCAAUGUUGUGACCUUGGCGAAUAAAAUUGUGCAAAACUACUGUUUAGCAUGUAGCGGGGGAAGAGGGUUGUAUAUGCUGUCCGAUAAUGAACGUUGUCCAUUUUUCUAUUUUUGGUUAGGUGAUAAGGUAAAGGAAAAAUUUAACAGAGGAAAAGAAUUCUCACCGGUUAUGGCGGAAAUUUACAAUAAACUGAUGAGUUUCCAGGGUGGAUGUGAUUGCACUAAUAUAUACAAAGGUAUGAACAAAGACAAAUUCGAAAAGGCGAAAAAAGUAUUUGAUUGGUAUUAUGACUACAAUAAGCUACUGAAGGAUAACACGGAGUGUUAUAAAUAUUGCGAAAAGAACAAUUGUGACACCUUGUACAACACAGCCCAAACAGCAUAUACAACAUUAAGUUCAAACUGCUGGAGUACUUACGGAGAUGCAUAUUGUAACGAAUUCAAGAAGAAAGGAGGGAAAGCGGAAUAUGGGCCACCGCAGCAACUAACAAAACAAACGUGCCCUGAACCACCACCUGCAGCAAAACUUGUAGCAGCAAAACCACAGUACUAUGAAGAUAAUACUCCAUAUGCGCUAUAUAAUAAUAAAAAUCACACAGACACCAAUAAAUUACCUUCAGUAAAAAUGUACGAAGAACUGGACGCAGGCAAAACAUGUAGCUUGCAGGUCGGUGCACAAGUUCAUAAGAAAGGAAUAGUGGAUGGUGUCAAAUGGGCAUUAGGACAGUACACAAAAAUUAAGGACGAUGCCGAUAACAUUGCAAAGGGCUGGUGCUACGUAUGUGAAAAGAAGGAAAGAGACAGUCCGUCCAAUGACGAUUGGUGCCAUCUGUUCUAUUAUUGGUUAGGUGAAAAAAUAAAGGGAAAAUGGAUAAAAGGCUCUUUUUCAAUGGCUAUGAAGGAAAUUUAUGGGCAACUGCAAAAAUUCGAUUCUAAAUGUACGUGCACCAAUUUGUACGAUGGUAUGAAGGAGGAACGUUUCGAACCGGCUAAGAAGUUAUUCGACUGGUACUAUGACUAUAGUACUAUACGAAAGAAAAAGGAGUGCAGUAAAUAUUGCAAUAAUAAGGAAUGUGAGGUACCCUUCGAGGCAGCUAAAGGAGCAUAUUCAGAGUUAAGUAAAACUUGUUCAACUCGUUCUGGAGAUGCAUAUUGUGACAAGUUUAAGGGACCCCCUAAGGAGGAGGAAUAUAACCCACCACACGAACUGACGUGCCCCACAUCCCCUGAGCUCUUACCACCAUCAUCACUUGGAAGAAUGGAAGCUAACGCAGAAGAUGGACCUAUCCAAAGUGUACUUGCAGAAGCUGAAUCUCUAGCACCUGAAACAGGCCUACCAGUUAGGGAACAGGGUUUGGAGCCUGAAGGAACUACGAAAGGACCUUCGGAAGAAAAUGGGGAAGAACCUUCAAGGAGUGCAGGGGAAGUGACGGAGGAUGCCUCUUCCAGUAGCAGUAGUUCUUCCUCUUCUAGUAGUAGUAGUUCCUCCUCCAGUGGUGAAAGCAGAGCACCAUCAAGUGCAGGCACUUUAACUUUACCAGAAGGGGGGGGAGGGCAAAAUGGAGGUUUAAUAAGUUUAGGGAGUACAGAUGCAGAAGGUGCAACCCUUCCUUUAGACACCACCCCAAUCAUAUCCUCCGUGCUUGGAAUAGGUGGAGGAUUGGCUUCCAUUGCCCUUCUUUUAUACAAGUAUACUUCUGUAUUUUCUUGGAUGGGUAAAACCCCAAAAAGAAGUGGAAAAAGAAGAGAAGGUUCAUUAGUACGAAGGUUGAAUAUCUCUGAAGACGGCUCUACAUUAGACGACUCAAGGGAGGAGUCAACAAAGGAAUAUGAUUCUUCUACGGAAUAUUCAACAGAAAAUUCAAUAGCAGGAGAUGAUUCUACCACAGUAUAUUCUUCUGCUCCAUAUACCACUACUAGGUCUGAAGGAGCAAGGAAUAGUGGACCACAACGAAGGAACGAAGAAAGGAGGAAGAAUAUAAGUUACCAUAGUAUGUAA